GGGCUUCGGCCCGCCUAAGUCUUGCUUGCCGCCUGCUGCUGCUGCUCCUGCUGCUGCUGCUGCUGCUGCCGGCCCGCGUAGACACGUCCUGGUGGAAAAAACCCCAGCAAGACUGAUAUUCUGUACAACCCCCUGAAGAGAUGCCUGUUGACUCUGUGUGUCCAUGUUCCGCUCAGGAGCAGAAUGUCAUCACUAUCACCAGCUAACAGUCUGAUCUUCCUCACAGCCCUUCCCCUUACUCUCCAACCACUCCCUUCCUCUCCCGACCUUUAACUGAAGGAGGAAACGGGUGGUCUCUUCUUAAUCUAUGAAAAAGAGAACAAGAAAUAGGGGUCUCCUGGCAUGUGCCUCCCUGUACUAUUUUGUAUUCUGCAGGGGCUGGGAUGUAGGGAAUCACAAGAGCAGGACUGUGUUCAGGACUGUGGAUUUACAGGAGGAACAAAGUGAUAUCAUGACAUUAACAUUAUUGGGUUUUGUUUUGUUUUGGGGCCAUGCCAGGGGCUUGUGGGAUCUUAGUUCCCAGACCUGGAGCGACCUGGACCACCGGGGAAUUCCCCGACAUUAACAUUAUUGUUAUCAACCACAGCUGCCAUUUAAUGAGCCCUUCCUAAGCUCCAGACACUAUGGCUAAGCACCUAUAAGCAUCAUCUUUUACAAUCCCCAAAAUAAUCCAGUGAGGCAGAUAAUAUUAUUAUCCCCAUUUCACACAUGAAGAAAGUGAAGCAUAGGAGGGGCGUAGUACGAAAUUCAAGUUCACACCAAUUUUGGAGCCAGAUUGGUCUACUCCUGGUUAAUAAGCACUGUGUGCCUCUCUUCGGCUUGGAAUUGAAAAUGAGCUUGGACUUUGGAGUCAGAUGUCCUUGGUUCACCCCAGUUCUCCUCUGACUAGCCCUGAUGGACAGAGCUGGGUAUUGUUAAUCUUUGUGACCUCAGUUUCUUCACCUGUAAAAUGGAAAUCUCUCUCUCAUAGGAUUUUUGUGAAGAAAAAUGUUUUGUGAACUGUAAAGUAUCAUAUAAAUGAUAUUGUAUUAAGAUAUUUAGGGAGAAUAAUUGUUUUAUCCUUGUGUUCAAAGCCUUAUAUGGGCUGAGCUAAACCAUGUACAUGCACUAAAAACUGUAAAAGAAAGGGGGUAAAUAAAAAAGAGGACCUCUAGCCUCAUUAAAAAGACACAAACCUAAAACAUCUGCAAUGUCAACAAGGAAUAAAGCUAUAAUUGAAAUGAAGCCUAUGGCUAGCUAGGAGGAGAGGGGAGUUGGGGAUAAAUCAGAGCGGUCAGGUUUUGUUUUUCUCACCAAAUAGUUAUUAAGUACCUGCUUUGUGCCAGACAUUGUUCUAGGUACUGGGGAUACUGAAGUGAACAAAACAGACAAAACUCCCUGCCUUCAUAGAGCAGCAUGUCCUAAUCACCUGAGGAGGUGGGUAAAAUGCCAGUUCAGUAGGGCUGGAAUGGGGCCUGAGGCUCUGCAUUUCUAACAGAUUCCCAGGAGAUGCUGAUACUGCUGUUCUGGGGACCACACUCUGAGUAGCAAGGAGCUAGAACAGGGCAUGAGUCACUUUGUCAAAGGAAGGGGUAUGAAUUGGUCAAAAGCAGGUAAAGAGAGCAUUCUGGAGCAGGAAGCUGGGAAGGAAGUAAAAACUUCUGGAAGGGAAACAGCUACAGAGUCAGGGGCAUCUCACCCUUCUACCAGCCCAUCAGCUGGCAGAUGCCUUAAAUAUCUUUGUGCCCCUAACAGAUGAGCUCAGUGCUUGGCACAUGGUAGGCAUUUUGUAGGCACGCGCUGAAUUGAGAGGGGGAUGACCUGGGCCUCAGGCUGCCUUGCUGGAGGCCCCCACACUGACUGCAAGGUGCUGACCACUGGUCAGGAGGCAAGUGCCCUGCUCUGCAGAAUCCUGAAGCAGCUACUUAGUGGGAUAAGGGUGGUAGUAAAGAAAAUUAUCUUCCUGUCUUACUGAACAGAUGUUCCCACGCUCAGUGAGGAUGUAACAGGAAGGACCCAUGUGGGCUGCAGCAGAAUGGAGUUAAGUCAGACCACAGGAAGGACUUUUUACCAGGGUUUGGCAUACCCCACUCCACACUGUCUCAUGAGGGCUGGAUUACUGGUCUCCCAUUCCCAUCCAACCCCUGUCUUCCCAAGCCCCAGUAAAAAAAAAAAACAACAACAAACACCCAUUGCCUAGAGCAGUACUCGGGGGUGAACUGAGGAAGCAGAAUGGUGGUGAGACAGGGACAGGCUCCAACUCCAACGGUCUUGAUUCUCCAAACAAAGCACCGCAGCAGUGGGUGUAACUCCCGGCUGUGCGUCAGGCAGCCCUUUCCGGCCUGGCCCAGCCCAGGGUGUUUAUUUUGUUUGUUCCUGGAAGCUGUUGCCCUGAUGGACAGUGCUGGGGAUGCUGAUUCCAUGGGAUUUGUUAGUGGUGGACCAGCCCUCUCACCCCUCCCUGGGACAGAUGGGCCCCAUCGGCCCUGCUGAAUUCCAGAAGAGGCAAACAUCAGCCCUCCUUGUGUUUGAGUUGGUAUCACCAGUGGUGAUCCAGUCUGUGGGUGAGGGCUGCGUUUACAAAUGCAGGGGGCCGGGUAGGGGGGAGUGUUGCAGAGAACAUAAAGCCCAGGGCAGUCCAGCUUUUCCCUUCUCCCCACUGGCUGCCCUCCCUUCUCCUCACCCACUUCUAGGCCCAUUUUGGGGCCCUUCCCAAACCACCGGCUCAUUCACAGCCCAAAUCAAAUCUUUUCUGUCUGUAGCAGCAACUGCCCUCCAUGGUCCCCAUCUGUUCAGAAAAGGGGCGAGAAGGCGUCCCUUUGAUGUGUUAGGACGGGAGAAUAGAGAAUUCACAGCAAAUCAAGGCAUGUAUGUGCUGGGUGCUGGAGAGAUGGAAAGGGACUGAGAAGUGGGUGUAUGGGUCAGAUCUCAUUUGGUGGCCUUGUGGGGAAAAAAGGUGAUGAUGAACUCCUGUCCUCUCUCUGAAAUGUUCUUCCUGAGGCUUGUGGUGGAGUCCAGGGCUAAAAAGUGUUUGAAUGAAGAAAAACUACUUCCUUGAGAAAAUUGAGAAUGACUCUAGCAACUCACCUAUCUUUGAUUAGCUCACCCAAUUGAUCUUCUUAUAAUUGUUCACAUUGGGCAGAUUGGGGACUGGAAUAUGGGGAGUGUCACCCUGUUGCUUAAUCUUGGUCUUUGGUUUCCCACUGCAAACAGCCCUCUGCCCAUGUAGAUUCAUCCAGGACAUUAUGCCCUUUAAGUUGGGAAGGAUGAUUUUGAAAGACUCAUUAGUUAAGAAAGGUCAUGGGACCUUGAAACAAAGGGUGUGGGGAGGAGAGUUGGGGUGGGAGGUCAUCCUCCCCAGACCUCGGGAUUGGGAAUGAGGACUCUUAGCUACACGGGUCUGACUAGAGCUGUAAACGUCACUCAAAAUUGCCCACUAUAUCUCUUCCCACUGACUCCUCCCUGUCUCCAUCCUUCUCCCAUACCAUGUCUUUAUGGACCAGCCACGCAGGACGUGCCUCUGACAUGUGGGUAUAACAAUGUUGUCUCAGACUCUAGUUUUAUUAAGUUUAUCUUUCCACGAGGCUCUUAAUGUUUAUUAAAUAAACAGGCAAUGGGGUUUGUGUGACAUGCCCACAGCUUCUGUGUAUGUGACACAUGCCUAGCCUGUGUUCUGGGAGUGUGUGUAAUUUUGGCCUUUGGCUGGGGAACUGGUAAUGGUGAGACCACGCAAUUACUCUCUCUGCAACUGCUUAAUUAUUUCUCCAGAGCUUGUGAGGAUCAGUUCUCCCCAUUGGCCUUGGGGAAUAUCGGCCUUGGUUGGAGGAAGGGGAAGGAACCUCUCAAGGUUUGAAUGCCAAACCUUUCCUCCCCUUCUCCUAAUGCAGAAUAAAGCCAGGAUGCUCUGACAGGGCCAUCUCCACCUUGCAGGUACAUCGGGGCGCUGGGGGCCCGAGUGAUCUGUGACAAUAUCCCUGGCCUGGUGAGCCGGCAGCGGCAGCUGUGCCAGCGUUACCCAGACAUCAUGCGCUCGGUGGGCGAGGGUGCCCGAGAAUGGAUCCGAGAGUGUCAGCACCAGUUCCGCCACCAUCGCUGGAACUGCACCACCCUGGACCGGGACCACACUGUCUUUGGCCGUGUCAUGCUCAGAAGUAGCCGGGAGGCAGCAUUUGUAUAUGCCAUCUCAUCAGCAGGGGUGGUCCAUGCUAUCACUCGUGCCUGUAGCCAGGGUGAACUGAGUGUGUGCAGCUGUGACCCCUACACCCGUGGCCGACAUCAUGACCAACGUGGGGACUUUGACUGGGGUGGCUGCAGUGACAACAUCCACUAUGGUGUUCGUUUUGCCAAAGCCUUCGUGGAUGCCAAGGAGAAGAGGCUUAAGGAUGCACGGGCUCUCAUGAACUUACAUAACAAUCGCUGUGGUCGCACGGCUGUGCGGCGGUUUCUGAAGCUGGAGUGUAAGUGCCAUGGCGUGAGUGGCUCCUGUACUCUGCGCACCUGCUGGCGUGCACUCUCAGACUUCCGCCGCACAGGUGAUUACCUGCGGCGGCGCUAUGAUGGGGCUGUGCAGGUAACGGCCACCCAGGAUGGCGCAAACUUCACAGCAGCCCGCCAAGGCUAUCGCCGUGCUACCCGGACUGACCUUGUCUACUUUGACAACUCUCCAGACUACUGCGUCUUGGACAAGGCUGCAGGUUCCCUAGGCACCGCAGGCCGAGUCUGUAGCAAGACAUCUAAAGGGACAGAUGGUUGUGAAAUCAUGUGCUGCGGUCGAGGGUAUGACACAACUCGAGUUACCCGUGUCACCCAGUGUGAGUGCAAAUUCCACUGGUGCUGUGCUGUGCGGUGCAAGGAGUGCAGAAACACUGUGGAUGUCCAUACUUGCAAGGCCCCCAAGAAGGCAGAGUGGCUGGAUCAGACCUGAACAUAUAAAUACCUCACUCAUCCCUCCACUUCAAACCUCCUGACUCAAAAGCACAAGACCUUUGCAUGCACACCUUCCUCCAUCCUCAACUCUGGGCUGCUACAGCUUCUAUUUAAGGACUUGUAAAGUACUCCAGAGGGACUCUGGUGUCCUAGCUGGUUCCUUAGCCCUGGGAAGGAGCUGACAGGGGAUGUAAAAAACUGAGCGGCUCCCUGACUCCCCACUCUGGAGGUUAGAAGGCAGAGUGGAAGAGGUAGGAGUCUUCAGAGCGAUAUGAGUUGCACUAAAGCACAUGGUCAAGGUUCAUUUUUCCUUUCCCUUGCAUUGGCUUCCUGACACAUGUUGUGUGUGCAAGAGAAAGGAUACCUGGAGAGAACUUCUUUUUUUCCUACCUGGCUGAGGGUAGAUGGGACAGAGAUGAAACCACAUAUCUCUUCCCUGGGUCAGUGUGAGCUAACUGCGUGGUACCCCAAAAGAAACUCAUAGGCUGAAACAUUCUUCCAUUAUCAAGAGCCUGGGAUUGCUAGAUAAGAGUUAGCCAUAGCAGACAAGUUCCAUUCUCAUGCUAUUAUGUUUAUAAACUGCUGCGUUUUGUAGGAGAAAAGAAUUAUAUAACUAUACAAACAAACAUUCUCUUCUAAUCUCUCCUUUUCAACCUGUAUCAGCCAGCACUGCCUCUUUUGCUCACUUGCUGACUGUACAAACUGAGUGGCAUGCAGUGUCAUGCCAUGCCGAACAAACAGAUCAUUAGAAUACUGUAUAACACUCCUAAGAAAGAGUAAUUUAGUAGGUCUGCCUAGGCCUUGGGAUUUUUACUUUUUUAAACUUUCCACGCAUCAUUCUGGUGGGCAGCCAGGUUUGGGAAACACCAAGUAAAAGAUAUGUGACUCACGGAGCAUGGGAGAGGGUAACAAGCCUGAUCUCAAAGGCCCACAUGAGGCAUUAGUGUAUACUAGGCAGGUAGAGAUCGCUGGCUUUGGCAAUUUUUAGGAGAGGAUCCUAGCCUUUAAAGCUGGGAGCAGGAACCAGUGGUUACAGAAGGAAGGCGAGCUGGGUCUUGGGGCCAAAGUGGUAAACAGCUUAGAAGACAACCUUUCCUCAUUUAUUCAACAAAUCUUUAUUUAGUGACUUUCCAAGUCGUGAUUAUUAUCCUUCAAUCCGCAUUUGGCUUAAAUUGGCGAGUUCCUUCUGUGCUACUACCCACUGCCUAACUAAGCUUGUAGUGGUAGAGUCUCCAGAGAUAGCAGGCUUAGUAAGCUAGAGGGCAGGACACAAGAGUCCCCAAAAUCAUGAUGUCCUAUUUUUAUAUGACUUGGACAGUGGUUAUCUCUUGCCUGUUGAUAUUUUAAAGGAGAAGAGUGGUAUAGAAAUUUGCAGUUAUGACAGACCUGGGUUGAAAUCUCAGCUGUGCCAGUUACUGUUUUUGAUAUUUUGAGAAAGAUACCCAAAUUCUCUGAGCCUCUAUCUUCUCACCUCUAAAAUGAGGGUACAAACUUAUAUCAGAUAUUGAGUUUUAAUUAUGCCUCAAACUCCAGCCAACAGACCCUCUUACCAAAGCCUGUAACUGGUCUAGCCCAUCCUGACUUCUCUCAGAAUCUUCAGUUCAGGACUAUAAGGUAUUGACAGCAGGCUGUAUAUUAAGGAGCCUACACAAGGAGUUCUGAAUAUAGGCCACUUUCCUUUCCCGAGUUCCUCUCCAGCACCCCUUGGGGUCCUCACAUGUUUGUGGAGCAGCUUUACUCCGCACAGGCAGCAAGAGGAUGGGGGUGCUAUAGCUCUGGGCCGUGGGGGCAGAUUUAUUUGGAUGAUAGGACUAAUAUUUGUGUAACCUGCUGAGACCUAUGUGGGAGAGUUUAGGGUGGUUUUUCUUUUGGUGAGGGGGUUUGCUCCAGUUUCACAUCCAUUAACACAAAACAUGAACUAGUCAGGGCCCUUGUGGUCUGCGGUGAGGGGAUUCCUGUGGAGAAAUAGGACUGAGUGAGUCAGGCCAGGGGAAUGUCUUCCUUGCAGAGUGGAGUCAACUGGAUAACUGAUGAGCCAAUGGUGGGAUUAGGGAGGGGGGGAAAUGGGAGGGGAAAAGAAGAGUUUCUGACAUCUUGAGCUAGGAUUAAGAGGAGGAAAGCACUAAGGUAGUGGAAGGGUAAGGGGCUCACAGUCAGUCUGAACUCAAGAAUAGAGCUGAAUGAAUUACAAAAGGAUGCUGUCUUGUAUGCUGGGCCACUGGGAAGAGCUCUCAGGUCCCAGUUAGCUUCAGCUCUUACAAGGUUAUCCAAGUUACCACAUAAAUGAUAGCCUAGGCCUUCCAUGGGAAAUCAACCUGAGCUAAAUCUACCUGUGUUCUAUUAUCUUAUUUUUUCUUGGUUCUUACCCUGUGGAAGGAAUCGGGCCUCUUCUGGCAUCUCAUACUGCUCUGUGCUUUUCCCUGGGCUCCAAGUUCUAGUUCAUAAAGACCAAGUUUUGCAAUUUCCUAUAAAUGGUUAAGAGAACAGCAAGCUGUCCAGAGAGUGAGAGGUCUGAAAAGUGAGGUGGAUAGUAAGAGAAAAGAGGUCCAUGUAAGCCCCAUUACAGAGGCUAUGUGGCUCCCAAAAAGAAUAAUGGCCAAGCAAUUAAUUUUUCCUCUUAUUCCUUAGCUUGCCUCUGCAUUCCGACUGGCUUUACACAACUGGCAUCCAUUCUGCACUAUACAAACAGAAACUAAUUUGGAACAAGCAGCAAAAUGAGAACUUUAUUUGGUGCAGUCAGGGCCCCAUUUAGUUCUGCUGCUACUCACUCACUGCCUCUAAUCUCCCCCUUGCCCAUCUCUCCUCUGCUCAAUAGAGGCCUGUCCCUCAGAUCAGCAGGCUCUUAGCCUGCCACCUCUGUUUCACUCCUUCCUGUUGGUCUUCAUUUCUUUUAGCUUUUAAUAUUUAUGUAUAAUGCAUUGCAGAAAAUGCUGUUUGGAUACAAAUUAAGUUAAAAGACAUUAUCCUUUAAGGAUCUUAGAAUCUUUUAGAGAGGGCACAAGACUUAAGUACCUCAGCUGCACAGCCUAUAGCCAAUUUCUCUUAUGUAAAAGUAAGAAUGCCAGCCUUAACAUAGUCCUGCAGAUAAAAGCCAAUCUGUAUUAUUGCUGGCCUUGAAUAAUAGCAUAAAUCCAUACUCUUCCUUAGAGUGAUACUAGAAAAAUGAAAUCAGGGACUUCAGAUUAUUUAAAAGAAUCAAACAUUGCCUGGCCCUGAGGGUCUGUCUGCAAAGUCUUGUAGGUCUGACUCCUUGACCACUCACUGCCUCAGUCUUCUUCCUCCCUGUUACAGAGAGUAAUUUCUUCCCUUUCUCUCACCUCCCUUAGCAAGCACACCAACCACUAAGUCCUUCGCCAAAUUCUCAGACCCACUCAGGACCUUGAUUUCUCCAUGGCUUAAUAUAAGAAAGAUAACAAGGAUUUUUUCCCCCUCAGCCUUUCUGAGGUUUUAUUUAAAUGCCCUCAGUGGUCACAGGGCAGAAACCCAAGGGAGGAAGGCAGGGAGAGUAUGUUUCUCAUCCCUGGGAGGCCUAGAUGCAGCCUGCAGCCAAAUUACAGCACCAGAGAACAAUGUAAUGCAUUCCUGGGCAGGUCGGUGGGACCCUGGGCGCCUGGGCCUUGUGGAGAGAGGUGCCAGACACAGAGCUCUCCGUAAGCAAUCCUGCAGAGCCGCCCCCUGGUUCAGAAAUGAAAUACGGGAGAGCUUCACAUUAUGCAGAGACCUGUAGCUCACACCUGGUUAUUGAUGGCCUUGGUGGAGGCCUCUGCCCCCACCCUCCACUUGGGAACUGCCUGCUUCUAUGGGGGUUGGGCAUCUUUGAAGCAACGUUGGAAAACAAGAAAGAGAUGUUUCCUUUUCACUCUGCCCUUCCUAUCAGCCUGUACACAACCGUGAGGAUAUAUAUAUACAAAUAUCUCAGGCUGCAUAUGGGUACUAGUCAUCCUCCUCCCCAACAAAAAAAAGAAAAAAGCAACUAGAUUUCAAUCAAACACUUCAAAACUCAUACCAGUAACAGGGGUUCAGCUAUAACCAAGGAAUAUUAUAAAAUUAUCAACAUGCAGGCAGCUGUUGGUUUGGGGACUGGCACCCCUCUGGGAGGUGGCAGGAGAAGGAUACAGAAAGGGCAUGGAGAGAAGAGAUCAACAGUGGACAAUUCCCACCCAGGCAGAGUGGCUGAGACUGUAGAACUUCUCAUGGCUGGUUCACGCUGGAAAGAGUGCAAUUCGUGUCCUACAUGCUAUGAAUGAUAGGGCAGUCUCCUAUGACUGCACGAGGUACGAUUAUCAGGCCUCCUGCUCAUGACCUGUUGUUUUUAACUCUUACUAGGUUAGAAAACAGGAUAGCUUUAGGUUGCAGAGAUGAUCUCCACAAGAGAAAGGCACUAGAGGGGAGCAAGCAGUGGCUUUACUAGGGUAAAUGUGUCACAGUUGCUGCACUAGACUGAGCUUUCCCAGAAGCUGGUGAUUGGCAGGUUUCAAGUAACGGCCAGUGAGGUGUCAGUAAUAUACCUGUCCCUGACCCCAGAGGUCAAAGUGAUAAAAGAGAGGGUAUAGGUACGUUUUUCCACUUCCCAUUUAUGGCUUAAAUGAUCUCUGAGCAUCUCUGUGGUCCUUCCUCAUUUACUUAAGAUGUUUUAGUCAUCCUGGAUUUGAGAAAGCAAGGUAAGCAUUCUCCCUUUUGUCCCCUAACUCUGAACUGUUCUGGCUUAAAAUUUGCCUUUGCUCACUUCCAUUCUGCCUACGAGUCUAUGGAUAGAGCAGCUGGGCAUGGGAGUUCUCUCUCUUUGGCCAAAAGAAGCCAAAAUUGGAUGACUACUUAACACCAUCAACCCCGGUAAGCAGACCUGACCAAACAGAAAAGCUAAGCUGAGUGAAUAAAAAAGAUAGUUUAAUCCACAGCUGUUCUAUUUGACAACUUUCAAGGUGGGGCUUCCCCAAGAAUAACUGUGAUAUUUAUAAAAAGGUUUUUCAUGUAUAAACACUUUAGCUUAUAUGUAAUUGUCUCACCAACCCUGUGAUAGGAAUUAUGCUCAUUGUACAGGUGCCAUUCAGAGAGGCUCUGUGAUUUGUCCAAAGUCCUGUGGAUACUGAGUGGCUCAGCCAGAACUCAAACCAAGGGCUUCUGACUUCAAAUCCUGUGUGUUCUCCUCAAAGACUGAGGGUGCCUAGGGCUGGAGGCACAAGAAUCCCAGCACCUUUAGGACAGAAAUUGAUACAAAAUAUCCUAGGAGAGUAUACAUGAGCAGAAUUUACAAAAGGAACAGCUUAGGCCUUCCUUAACCUCAUCAAUGAACCCCCUUUUUGCCAUUUCUGCCACUAAUACCACCACCACCAAAUGAUCACUGUACUACAUUUAGUGGUCCAUGUUUAAUCAGCUCUGGUUCCUAAUUCUUUCUAUUCCUUUUUUCUUUUUCAGAUUAACAGUUAAAUUUUUGUUUUAGUUUUAUCUAGUCCUUUUAAAGGGAUGCUAAAUGUGCAGACAGAGCAGAAGUAGUCAUGAGAAGCCAAGAGAGGAAGUUAUUAAAGCUUUGGGCUUUUAAAGUAUGUAUUAGAAUUUCCUUUGAGAGUUCAAUCUUUUUAAAAAUGCUCUCAACUCCUGGUCUAGGAAAGUAAGAACAGGGAAUGAGAGUGCUUAAAAAAAAACUGUCCUAUCCCAGGCCAGAUGCCUACUCACAGCCUAGUAAAAGUCCUGGGACCUCUAGCCAAGACAAGCUAUUUAUCUACACCAAAGCAAGGAGUAUCUACCCUGCAGAGAAACCCGUGCAAGAUGAGGCAGACAGCAGAUUUUCACUUGAUCAAAAACUUUUGCUGCUCUCAACCCCUCCUCCUACCCUCAUUCAAAAUCUGGACUUCUGUUUAGGUCUGAGACAGUGAGACAAAGCAGCUCCAAGAGAUGAUGUGUGUAAGGGGAACCCUUCCCUGUUCAACCCUGGAAUGCAUUCCGUUAGAGACAGCAUAAGCCCUCACAUAUCCUACCUAUCCCACUCCUGAACCCCAACUGUGAAGGCAGAAAGGAAAACUGCAGGAACACCAUGUUCAUCAAUCAUAGAUCUGGGAUGCUACAGCUCCCUGACCUGGGCCCCCACUUGAGCUAGGGGAAGAACACCUCAUGAAAACAGUCUACCUAUAGUUAGGAUUUCUCCCAGAGCAAACCUUACUUUUUGGUCCAUCGAUCUUGGCUCUCACUGUUCUCGCUUCCCACCCCCACUGCCUCCGCAUGUGGGCUCAGAAGUCAUCAUCUAAAGAAUUCCACUGCUCACCUCCUGCAUAGCAGCACAGCCCCAUGAGGCCGCACACCAGAUGGAGGGGAUAAAAGUACGAGGUCAUGGCUUCUAGCAAGAGGCUUUUUCUUAAACUAACCCUGACUCCUGGAAAAGAGUUAGAGCAGGAGAGUGUCAAGUGAGCUGCUGACGACAGCAGCUUCAGAGGUCUUGUAUAAAAAGCUAACUGAGCUUUCAGUGGAAAUUUCUCUACUCCUGGUCUCAUGUCUACUUCUUGAAGGUGUCUGAACAGAAUGCAGAGACUGUCAAACCAAAGGGUUAAAUCCUGCCCAAUUGUAGGGACCUAUUCAGCAGGCUGCCAUACACAUGCUAAGGUGGAGGCCAAACCCUGAACAUAUACCCCAUUUCUCCAGGAAUGUAACUAUGAAUAAAGGGAAAGUGUACGGAAGGUGGACUAGAACUCAGGGGAAAUUGAAAAGGUUGUCAGUAGGCCUUCAAAAUGUUUGUGUAUAAUACACAGACGGGGAUGCAGAAGGAUCAUCGUUCCUAGAACUGUUAUGUUUGCUGGGUGACAAUGUACAGAAGCAAUAAUUACAAAGAGACAAAACAGUUUAACACUGAGAAACAGAAGUCGCAGAAUAAAGGAAUCAGGUGAAUGAGAUUAAUCAGGCUUUCUAUAGGAGGUGGCUUUUGAGCUGGAUUUUUAAAAUAUAAGGAAUGUCCUGGUUGAGAGAAGACAGAGGAAGGCAUUCUAAAUAGAAGGGACUGGUUUAUGCUGAAACUUAGAAGCAAGAAUGUGCAAGCAAUAUAUAAGGAAUUUCAAGCAAGUACAUAUUAUAUACACUGGAGAAUACAGAGAAAUUAGAAUGCUGAGAUCAGGGCUUAAAUAAUGUGAGGUGACUGCAUGUGCCUAGACUGUCAAAUGGCUCAGAGUCCCCUAUAGAGCCACACAGCAUCUUGAUCUAUGUCAGUAAACACCAGGGCACCUAUGGGAAAACACAAGGAUGAGUCCAUUUGUUACAGAUACUGGGACUAGAAGACAGCUACACUGUAAAACCCACAAAAUGCUAAGUAUCAUUAAUCACAGUUCCCUAUCAUUUGAGGUUCUGGGGUAAAUAAGAGAUAUCAAAUAUCCUAUCCAGAACUGUGAUGCAUUAAUGUAGGUUUACGGGCCUAGAACCUGACACAAAUCAAGCCAAACUCUUAAGAAAUUAGAAUGUAAAAAAGGAAUUCUUUAAAAUAGAAAAUACAUGAUUCUUUCCCUGACUCUCAAACUUAAAACUUGACUGGUCCCCUAUAUCCCGUUUGGCAUACUGGACUUUUGAGGCUAGCACAUUCACCAUAGCUGCGGCCAUACUGAAUAGGAAGAGAGCUAUGAAAGAGCUUUAGGGACUGCAAAAUCAGUUUACUAAUAAGUGAGAGGAUAGUUCUGGUGUACUACAGGGUGCUAGAGCAACAGCCAAAGACAAGAUACAAAUUCCGAUUUCAUAAACUUCGAAUUAGGUCUCUGGCUUCUUGCACUUGUUGGAGGUAAAAACAGAGCUAUUUAUCGGGCUUCUGCCAAGUUUCCGAACUGAACUUUCCUAACCUCUGAUGACAAAAACUGCAAGGGCAACCCUGUUCUUCCACAGCAUUUUCCUGGUGCCACUUUCAAAAACAGAAUAUUGAAAUGUAUGUGUGUGUGUAUAUAUACAUAUAUGCAUUUAUACAUAUAUAUGUAUAUAUAAAAAUUAUAUUUAUGAACAUUGAAUAAGCCAAAAGGUGAGCAGUAUCUUAAAUUUUUGCUUUACUUAACUGGCACAAUUUAGUUAGUGCUGGAAGGGAGGCAACCAUUUAAGUGAUAGCAUUUGUUGGUAUCAUCUUGGUAUUUUCCUCCUCCCCUAGGCAGUUUAUAAAAGGUGAUUUCUGAAACCCUUCACAAUGGAAAAGCUCAAGGGUUUACAUUCAACUGUGACACCACUAUGAAUUCAUUAAGAAGCAUGUUUCAGGUUGCACUAUAAUUUCCCUAUGUAACAUAAACCCAUGGAAUCUGACAUAAGCUGAUUGCUCAUGCUGGUUAUUUUAUUUACAUUUCUGAAUGGAAGGGACCUCAAUACUCAUAAAAUAUCUUACUAACUUAUUAUUUUUCAUCUGUUCUCCCAGAGCAGCUAUUAUAAAACAGGCAUAGAGACAUAAGUCUCAACUUGUAUGACUGGUUAAGCAACGAGGGAAAAGUUACUGCUCCAAAGCAAUUUUUUAGAAAAUAAUUCAAUAUGGAGCUUGAGACCAAAUGAGAUAUCAUUACUCUAAAUGCCAUGUGAAAGAUAAAAGUUAAAAAAACAGUGUUCAUUAUCUUCGUUGAAGUCCUAUGGGAGUAGGAGGUAGUUCACAGGAACUUAGGGGGUCUGGAGUUUACCUAAGUCUUUCUUUAGAGACCUAAUGUUAGCAGACACAGCCUAGUAUAAAUGGGAACACAGGUGAAUGGAUGAGAGUGGGCUCCUCACAACCCAGAAAUAUGAAUGCGCCUCCUUACCAGCAUGCUACUAAUCAGACUUCUGAAAUGGAAGAUACCAUCAUGCAUCUAAUUCAUUAUUUGGAGAUGUAUGUUUUGUUCAUCUAUCCAAAGAAUAAUAAUUUCCACUUAUUCCAGAAGAUAUAGCAAGCUCAGAUAAAUUGCUAAAGAAGUAACAAUUACCAGUUAACUCCAGAGCCUGAUCUGCGGUCUUCUGCCUGUAAGUCUGUGUUCAAAUCAUCCCACUUUCUUUCUUCUGCUGCCACAGAGUUAAAACAGUAUAUUCUUCGACCCUCUAGCCUUGGGCCUGCUCUUCUACUCAAUAUACUUUCAUCAUUUUACCAUAUCUAAUGAUUACAUGCCUAACAGGAUAAACUCCCCAAGGACAGGUUCUGUACCUAUUUUUAAAAAUAUUUUAAUAUGUAUUUCAAGGUCAUAUCCCCAAUGAUCCAGUCAGUACAUAUACUUGACUGAGCCCAAUAAAGAUAGGAAAUCUUUUUCAGUUGUUUAGAGAGAAAAUCUUGGCAGUUCCCCCUGUAAAAAUGUAGAAUUAUCCAGGAUACAGAAUUGAUCAGCAAAAUUCAGCUUAGAAGAGAGGGAAAAGGCAGCUUAUUUUAGUACCUUAAUCCAAUAUACUUUUAUUAUUUUUCUUAAUUAACCUGAUAUAUUUUCAGAAUCAGUCACUGCAGGGUACAGCUUUGACAUGAACAGUGGGCUCUGGGAAAUUCUGAGUGGUUCUUUCCCUUUCUUUCUCACAUGUCCACAGAGGUACAUGAGUACCUAACUCUUUAGUACCAAACUCUUUAGUCCUAACUCUUUGCUGUCCCAUUCUGCUUCUGACAUCACACUUCCAUUUUCUAAACCAGGAUGGUCCUUAGCCCUUAUUAAUCUGUCAUUAUUAGGAAUGAGAGGAUAUAAAAGACAAAGAUAAAAAUGAAUGAGUAUAGCAGGCUUUAGUCUUAGGGCAGCUACUAUGUAAAUCUGAGGGGUGACAUUUCUUAUUUCAAUCUUGAGUUGUGGAGCACUUCAUUUUUUAAUAAAUUCUAAACUAUUCAGAUGAACAUAAUGAAUACUGCUGUUUACAAAAACACGAACUUCAUCAUUUAUGUGUAAAGAUGAAAGUCUUUCAUGUCUGAUAUCUGAAAAAGAAUAAAAUAAAGAGACCUCCUUCUA